AUGGAACAAUUUAUUGAACACGUAAAUAAUCAAUCCCCGAUAGAAAUUGAAGCAGAACAAGUCGAUCAAACAUUAAGUCAAGAACUGCAAGGUGUUCAACCAGAUCAAAAUUUUUAUAUUAAAUUUUCUGAUAUUAAACGAUUAAUUUCAACUUUAAAAAAGAAGAAUUCUACCGGUCUGGACGGCAAUGAAGGCAUUCUCCCCGAUGAACAAACAGGAUUUCGUGCUGGACACAAUAUGUUUACACGUAUAGUAUCAAUUAGUGAUCAAAUAGGACAAGGUUUAAUCACAAAUACAGCAGCAGCCGUAUUAUUUGUAGAUUUUAAGAGCGCAUUUAAUCAAAUGUGGUUCAAAGGACUUUGGGUGAAAUUACAGCAAUUAAAUUGCCCAAAAUAUAUUAUAGCGUGGUUAAGAAAUUACCUAACAGGGCGAUCUGCUUAUAUAGAAAUCAAGGGGCAUAGAUCCAAUUGCUUCUCAUUACAGAAAGGUGUACCACAAGGCUCGUGUGUAGGUCCAGUAUUAUUUACAGUCUUUCAUUAUGAUAUUCUAACAGCCAUGUCUAAUUUACACUUUAAACAUUUAUACGCAGAUGAUCUUGCGAUAGUAUUUUUACCAUCGGCUACAUGGUCAUCAAAACAGCUCAUGCCAUAUCUGUCUCAUCAAAUAACACAAGUAAUAAAAGAUCUAUAUAAUUACUCCAUUACUUGA